CUAAUUUUUUUUUAAAAAUAAUUGUAUUAUUGAUUUUUUAUUGGUUUAGAAUUACAAAAAUAAAUAAUCAAAAAUUUGUACAUUUACAACUAAAUUAAUAAGUUAUAUAAUUAUGUGAAUUUUUUUAAAUAUGUACUAUUUUAAAAUGGAAGGAGUAAUUUUUUUAGAUUCUACCAAAUUCCUCUUAGCUAAACCGUUGAUUCCUAAACCAACAAUGACUUGUGGGGGCCUUAAUCGAAUCUGCGGAAAACAAGUUAACAGAAAGAAAAAAAAAACUAAAAAUUGACUUUCUCACAGUCAAAUAGAUUCGUGGGAAUUUGUUAAACAGCGACUACAGAACAGCGUAGGAUCUGACACGUGUCAUAAUCUGGAAGAUAACAGAGAAAACAAACAUUCCCUGAUUAAAAAUCCAAAACAAAACCUCACAGAGGGGAUCAUCCAAUCCAACGAAGAACUAAUAAUGGCGGCGGUUUGUCUUGUUGCUUGCUUUCUCGUAUUGUCUCUGUCUCCCAAUUAACGACUCUUUUUUUUGGUUUCGGCGAUUCGGAGACGUGUAAUUGAGAUGGGUUUACAUUUACUAAUGGAGGAUGAUGAUGAUGAUCAUAACGAGGUUUUGAUUCCGCCGAAGAAUUUCUGGAAGGUGGAAGACGGAAUAUACCGGUCUGGGUUUCCUCAGCUCGAGAAUUUCGGUUUCUUAUCAACUCUCAAUCUUAAAUCCAUCAUCUACUUGUGUCCUGAACCAUACCCUGAGGAGAAUCUCAAGUCUCUCGAGUCCAACAACAUCAGGCUUUUCCAUUUCGGUAUCCAUGGCAAAACGGAUCCUCCAACUCCUAUGCCAAAGGAUACAGUCUUGAGUGCUCUUAGAGUACUUGUUGGUAAGGAUUCAGAAAGAGAGACCCUUUCAUGUUUUGUAUUAUCUUCUCUUGUGGCUUAUUCAUUAGUUCCUUCUCUUUGUUUGCCUACAGAUGUUAGAAACCAUCCAGUUCUCAUCCACUGUAAGCAAGGAAAGCAUAGGACAGGUUGUCUUGUGGGAUGCUUGAGGAAAGUGCAGAACUGGUGCUUAUCAUCUGUUCUUGAGGAAUACCAGAAGUGUGCCGGUUUGAAGUGGAGACAAAGAGAUUUAAGGUUCAUAGAAGAGUUCGAUGUGCUCGGAUUAAGGCAGUGUCUGUACAGCAUAAUCUAUCAGUACAAUGGUUAUGGUCUCAAGAGGAGAAAGCUGAUGUAUCAAGAAGAGAAUGUUGUCCAAGAACAGCAUAAACCUCAAGCCACCAAAGGGUGAAAAGAAGCUUGAAAUCGGAUUUGAUACUUCUCUUUCUAGAUAUUGAUUCUUUACAUUUGUCUUAAUGGUGAUGAUGAUGAUGAUGAUUCUUUGGAGUUUAGGUAGUUGUUAAAACCUUAAGACAACAGAGAUUUGAUUUGGUUCUUUUUUUAACA